AUGGAAAAUAAUUCAGUAGAAAGAUAUAUCUUUAAGCCCAACUUUUUGGGAGAAGGUUCUUAUGGUAAAGUAUAUAAAGCAUUUGAUACAAUAUUAAAAAAAGAGGUUGCAAUUAAAAAAAUGAAAAUAAAUAAAAUAAGUAAUUAUAUUGAUGAAUGUGGUAUAAAUUUUGUAUUAUUAAGAGAAAUAAAAAUAAUGAAAGAAAUAAAACAUAGGAAUAUUAUGACAGCUCUAGAUUUGUAUUGUGAAAAAGAUUAUAUAAACUUAGUAAUGGAAAUAAUGGAUUUUGACUUAGCUAAAAUUAUUAAUCGUAAAAUUUUUUUAAAUGAUAGCCAAAAGAAAUGCAUUCUAUUACAAAUUUUAAAUGGAUUAAAAGUUUUACAUAAUUAUUAUUUUAUGCAUCGAGACUUAUCACCUGCAAAUAUAUUUAUAAAUAAAAAAGGAGAAGUCAAAAUAGCUGAUUUUGGUUUAUCUUCUAAAUACGCUUUUGAUAUGUAUUCAGAUAAAAUAACAAAAGAUAAAAAUAAAAAGAAUUUAAAUUUAACAAAUAAAGUAGUGACAUUAUGGUAUAGAGCACCUGAAUUAUUAUUGGGUAGUAAUAAAUACAAUUCUUCUAUUGAUAUGUGGAGUUUUGGUUGUAUUUUUGCUGAACUUUUAUUGCAAAAACCUUUAUUUCCUGGAGAAAAUGAAAUUGAUCAAUUAGGAAAAAUAUUUUUUCUUUUAGGUACACCUAGUGAAGAUAACUGGCCGGAGUCUUCAUAUCUUCCUUUAUAUACAGAAUUUACAAAAUCAAGCAAAAAGGAUUUUAAAACAAUUUUUAAAAAUGAAGAUGAUGACUGUAUUGACUUAUUAAUGUCAUUAUUAAAAUUAAAUUCUCAUGAACGUAUAAGUGCAGAAGAUGCCUUAAAACAUAAAUACUUUUUUAAUGAUCCUUUACCAUGUGAUAUAUCACAGUUACCUUUUAGUGAUUUAUAA